AUGCACAUCCUCCUCGAGCCCGUGGUCGUUAUCGAGCCUUCCGUCCUGCCCGGGAGCAACUAUGGCAACAGCAGCUCCCUGCCGUUCCAGCAGCUGUCAAGCGUCGACAAAGACGCCACCACUACCAUCGCCGCCUCCACCCACGACCGUUUCGAGCACGUUGGCUGCCUGAAGUUGGCGGAGGAAGAGAUGGUCUCCCUCGGGAGGAUCAAGACCAAGGCUGAAGCUGACACCAUCCCGGGGGUGUUCGGCAGGGAUGACAUGACCCCGCAGGAAUGUGCUGCGAUCUGUGAGGACAGGGGGCAAGAUGGCUUCGCGGUCACCCGAGGCGACCGGUGCACCUGCUUUGCGGAAGUAGACGCCGGGAUCUUCGACGACAGGAAGGGUGGUGUGUGCGAUGCCCCGUGCACCGGCGACAGCUCGCAGCCAUGCGGCGGAGUUGACUCGUUCGACGUUUACCGGCUGAGCCUCACAGGAGGCCACGACCGGAACCAGCUCCCUCGGCACGCCACCGUCACGGUCGAUAACACCGGAUUGCCCGUGAACGACGAAACCACCACCACUACCGGAGUCACUCCAUCCGACCACACCACCUGCACCAGCACCGCCGACCUCAGCGGCACCACAACCACCGCUAGCAGCAGCAGCGGCAACGACAACAACAACAUCAACAUCGAUGGCUAUGACAACAACGGCGACAACGGCCGCAGCAGUACCAGCACCAGCACCAGCACCAGAAGCAGCAGCAGCAGCAACAACGACAGCAACGACGAUGACGACGACAACACCAACAGCGGCACCAACAACAACAACGACAGCAACAACAACGGCAACAGCAACAACGGAGACCACGACGACGAUGCCCCACGCCCGGAAGACUCCACCGCCGGCGACGCAACGGCGCACAACGAUAUUCGCCAGGGGACUGUGAGAGUGAAGACCUUCGUCAGCUGGUGGAGGCCACGCCAGCUUUCCCUUGUGGACUCUUCAACACUCAGACUGUGCAAAAUGGCCCGCGUAGGAGGGGCCAAGUCCUGCCAGGACAUGCCCUUGGAUAGUUCGACCGAGGUGGUGCGGGUCGAGGAUAAGCACGGGACGACGAGCAAGGACGGACGCUUCGUGUUCCGUGUUUCGACAGGAACUCCUAGAGGCCUGACGAACAAACGGUGGGAGCUCGAUGCGGGAAGCUCCGCAGAUUUGGACAAGUGGAUGUCGGUCCUGGAGGGUGUCACAACGCGUGAUACCCAGAAGGAGACCGAUUUUUUUGGGGACACUCCGCGGGCGGGUGACUUGGGGAACUCGUUCAAGUUCUCCAUGGAGCUCGGGCCGUUUACGUUCGCCCCCACGCCCGCCUUCCGCGGCGACAGCAUUUCUGUCGAUGACUACCCGCUCAUCCCGGGUCAAUUCUUGUCGACGGCACCGGUCGUCGAUUCCGCUAACCUGGAGUUGACGGAGGUCGGGGACCUGAUUCUUCGGCAGGGCGACAUCCCGGCCUACCCCACGGACGACACACCGCUGUGGGCCCACCGUGUUACGGGGUCGGUCGGGGGUACUGCCAACGGGGGGCUAGGGUGUGCUGUGGAGGCAUGGUGGGAGAGAGCCACGAACGGUGGCCAAGACAUGGGCGUUCCCGUCCACCUGGCCGUGAAGAACGGCAGGUGGAGGGUCGGCAGGGGAUGGAUGUGCACCUUGGGACAAAGCCCGAGGCCGGUUGGCGGGUGGAGGGUGCACCUUCCUUGGGACUCCCACGGGAAGGCUCUCAAGGCCGCGUCAUUGCAGCUCCGAAACGGCAGCGUGGUGAUGGCCACGGAGGACGGCCACAUCCUGUGGAGCUCUUCGCCCUCGCCGUGAAGGGGGGUGUGGGGUGCGUCAGUGGUUGCUUCCUGAGUCAUCCGGCACGUGCCUGUUCUUGUGACGGAGCGCUGACAAACGGAAAGAUGGACGCACGGAUAGAGAACGGUUUAUUUGUGAAUGCAGAACAAAUGCCCUUCUGUUGCUCCGUCGUGUACAUUUAGUUUGUUUAGUGUCUGCUGGCGGGAGUGGUGAAUCAUGUCAUUUCAUGUCGGUUUCGUUUGUUGUCUUGAGAACUCGUUCUUCGAAUGUAUCCUGCCUCGUCCUGGGCUCACGGUUGGCUCGGCAAGCAUCUCGAUGUUUUCCGUUAUUUGUCGAAAAUGCUUGUGACCGUCAAAUAUUAGUGCACGGGGCUGAGGGCCCCGCCUGAGGUUUGUGUGUUUCAUGAAUGUCGGGCUGUUUGAUUGUUCGAAUCGGUGGUUGUUUCGCAUCCAGUUGCGCUGAAUUUGCUGCGCUGGAGGUUUGUCUGCCACGUCAUCUCACAACUAAGAAGGGAGAUAUUGUCUUGAGCGGUACACCUAUAUUGGACUACUGUAGUCUGACUUGAUUUUCCGAUACCCUAGUGUGGAUGAUGUUCGGCGACUGACACACCGCCACGUAUUUAGGCUAAAUCUAGACACCUGGACAGCGGGGAAACACGGGUUGUCAAGCUAUCUGGUAUUUAUCUGGACGUGCCGUCAGUGUUGCACCUUCAGAACGUACGACCGAGUUAAUUCAUUGCUUUCCGAUCACUGCUCGUAGCCGUCGGUGUUGUAUUUCCACCACAUAGUACUUGCUGACCUGAGUUCAGGACCUCUUCUCUCUGCAUCUAUUUAGACUGCGUACACUUUCACCAAGAAGGAAACAAUCGGAAACAUGUAGUGUAAAACCACCACCGCCUUGGCCAACUCUCACUCACGCACUGUUGGACGUUGGGAGUGUACGAUUAUCAAAUUGGGACAUGCAGCAUACCACGAUAUCCUGGCUUCGGCUGGGCUUGAAUUAACCCUUUUGCUGUCCUCCGCUCUUUGCAUCAGUGGCUUCCUAGGUUCGAACGAGGGCGUUUGUGUAGCUGAGAUGUGUGUCUACGUAAAAGAAUAUGUAGAGAGAGUCGUAUUGGCAUUCGCCUUUAGCGCAUUGCGCAUUUUUCGAAUUUUGGGCCCCUUCCAGGGACCUUGAUUUUUUCCCGCUGGCACUCACUUCUUUUCAUUGGUCAGCCGGUUUGCGC